GCAGAGUCUAUGUUGGGACCAGGACGGAUUGCCAGCUGAUGAAGCAACCUAACUGGCUGGUAGGAGAGAUGGAGGGAGGGGGAAGGCAUUCAGCUAGUGUCAGUUUGGGAAACUUUAACUUAACCAGUUUCUACCAAGAGCCAACAGGAAUACGGGAGGUCCAAGAUAUGAGGAUGGUUUAACUACUGAGAACAAGUAAAAAAAGAAGAGGACUAACCCAUGGCUGGAUUGUUUUAGGAUGUGUGUGAUGCGCAGAAGACCUGACACCCAGGUGUGAACCCAGGCAGAAGGGGGUCCAAUGGCCACUGCAAAUUAUGACCCCGACUUGGGCGAAGGCCCGUCCGAGGACUUGGAUAGCCUCCUGGAUGAUUCUGAGUCAGGGAGUUUGCUUUCUGAAGACUCAGUGCUUCCUGACUAUGACAGGGAUGAAGAGUGUAAAGACCCAGCUAAAACACUGUAUGAGGCCUGUAGUAGGAAUGACCCCAACUCCAUGCGCAGGAUCCUGGAGCGAGGAGUCACUAAGGACGAGGCUAUGGAGCUGGACAUCAACGGCCGGAAUGGACUAAUGCUGGCUGUGGUCAAGGGAUACGUAGAUAUUGUCACCAUGCUGCACACAUGUCCACUUAUAGACAUCAAUCACCAAGACAAUGAUGGCAACACUGCCCUCAUGAUUGCUGCUCAGGCAGGUUUCAUCACCAUUCUGAACUUUAUUCUAAACUAUUACUCUGGUGUGGACACCGAGGUCAGGGAUCCCCGUGGCUUCACAGCCCUCAUUAAGGCAGGUCUGCAGGGCCGAGCAGAGUGUGUGUCCGCCCUGCUAAUGCAUGGUGCAGAUAUGAAUGCAAUGGACUUGGUCCAAGGGAGAGGGCUAAAGGAUUGGGUCCUCAGGACAGGAGGGUUUGAGACUCUUAACAGAAUACGCCGCCUGCAGGCUCAUUGUGUCGCUGAGCAGUUCUGUGAAAGCUACAUUCCUGAGUGGCCUGAUCUGAAGCAACUGGUAGCAAAGGCCACUGCCGCCAAAACAGCCAGCCAGAAGCUAAGGCAGCGCUUAAAAGACAGCAUUACUUUCAGUUUCCCUCAAGACCCUCAAGACAAUGGGGUCAUGGACCAUAUGGUGCGGAUGACCACAAGCAUCCACAGCCCCCUGAUAGUCACUGGUUGCCAUCCACUCUGUCCCACCAGCCCCCCAGAAAUUGGCAAGCGACGAUGGGCUGUCUCUGAACUGCUUGAAAAGCAUGGCAGCAAAGAGUUGGAGGAGAGCACAGUGUCCCACAGCAAAGGCCCAAUCAUCACCUCAGCUUCUCCCACUGCUGUGUCAGCCGCCUCUGUGUCUCUGACCUCCUGCUGCCAGGACUCAGAGCGCAGGGACAGCAUGCCAUCAGGUGGCAUGAAAAGCUUCAUUCCCCGCAGCAUAGCACACAGGAACAGCAUCUUCCCCUCAGGCUGUAUUCCUAAGAUUGAAGUGACAAAAUCUGGGGAGCCCACUCCAAAGAAGGAGAAAAAGAAGAAAAGGCAGAAGGGCUACCUGGAGCCUCCUGUCUGGAAGUACAAGGAGGCCAAGGAGGAGAGAAAGAAAGAGAAGAAGAAUCAAGAAAAGGAAAAAGAGCAAGAGAAAAAAAACAAGGGGUCUAAACGAAGCCACAAAUGAGGAAGUCUUCUCUUUUUCUCAGAGAAUUUCACUGUGAUAAAGUCAGGCAGGAGGGAUCAGCAUGCCAUUACAGUGAGGACAGUUUUACUAAGGAAUUGCAAAACCAGUUUGGAAGUGCGCAGCUGGUAAUUAAACACUGAUGGACUGGAACUUUGGCUUGGGAUGAACAUGAGAAAACUGGAGUGACUUGAAUUUGCUGGAUACAAAGUAUUUAUGUAAACCAAAUGUUAUUUGGUUUUGGAGAUAUAUGCUGACAUGUCUUAGCAUGGCUGUUUCUCAUUUCAGCGUCUACCUGGUGGUAGAUUAAGUCUCACAGAGAUGCAAAAUUACACUGAUUGCAGACAUCUGUCGAUGACAUAAUUUUGUUUUGAAAACUUUAUUUUACCAAUCUGUGUAUUGUGAAUAACGUCCAAGUAGCGUGCCAUCAUGGUAUCCAACUGCAAAGUAACUAAAGCAAUAGCAAAUACUAUACAUACAGUACAUAAGAGCAAUGGCCUUCAGCAAAUAAAUGUAUGUUAUAGUUAAUGAAAAAGACUGUGAUGUUGAAUGGAGGAAAAAGAUAACACAUCAUCAGACUAUGUGCUUUGCUCCUCUACAACACAGGCUCAAAGAGACAGUGGUUACUUUUCGUAGGACCAAGCAAUGGGGGGAAUGUGUCGGCACCCGACUAUUUUGAGAUUCAUAAACUCUUGUUCCUUUUUCCACUCUGCAAUAGGAGUAAUGCUGUUGGCAAAAAUUCAGAAACAGGAAGUAAAUUGUAGUUAUGUAAUAUCUUAAUUUUGAUUGAGAUCACCAUUAUUUUCAAAGGUUAUCCAAUCCUCUCUGUAUGCAACAUGUAGCAUAUACUGGAUGCCUUUAUGUUUUUUGACAGAAUUUUAAAACUCCAAACUGUUUGGCUGUGGCAUGUGAAUGAUGUUAGAUCCAGGAAAAAAAGAACUUUUUCAUUUAGUCUGAUGAUGGGGAAAAACUGCUCACUGUUACCUCUGCACAGCAAAGAAACUAUUUGUGCAUAAUGUUGCUCAGGAAGUUUUUUGUUAUAUGUUGGGCAUUAUACUUUUAAGGGAAAGUCUGGAUCUUUUGAAGUGGGGUUGUAUGAAGUACUUAUCCGUAGUCAGUGUGUUACAUAUCAGAAUCAGAAUCAGAAAUACUUUAUUGAUCCCCGAGGGGAAAUUAUUUAUGUUACAUAUAGUAGAUGUCUGUUGGCACACCACCAGUUUGAGGAAGCAGGCAGGAGUACUGUACUGUGGAGGGGUCAAAAAAUCCAUAUGAGUUUGUACGCUUGUGUACACUGUAUUUAGAAUAUUACUAUACUUUACAGACAGUGAUUUCCAUUUAUAUCGCUCUCUGUAAAGCCAGACUCCAUUGAGAAAAACAGUAAUUUUACCAUGCAAUACAGGAGCUAAUGGGCUAACGCUGCCUCAAUCAGCUAAUUGUGUGACUUCACUGAAUUCAAACUAACAAUUUUAAAUGCCAAACCCACACAAUACCUGUAACUAACUAGCUGAUUGAGGCAGCAGUAGCCCAGCAGCUCCCUUCUUAAGCGAGCUAAAAUUAAUGUUUUUGCCAAUGGAGUUUGGUGGCUUUGACAAGAGCAUGGAAAGGGAACUGAGGCCGUUAUUGGCUUUCUGCGGCAAGGUAAAGUGGUGAAAAUAUUCUAAAUAUAGAAUACACUUAAAGUGUUCCGGAUUAUUUUAGGUGGCUUAAAUACGUUUUGCUGCCAACCCCGUCCACAGCAGUACAUUGCUUAGCCUCUUUAGCGGUACUCUUGCCUGCUUCUCCAAACUGAGGUGUGUGCCAGCUGACAUCUACUGUAUGUAACACACUGACUACCUCAUGCAAUCCCACUUCAAAAGAUCUGAACUAUCCCUUUCACCACCUGUCAAGGCAAGAAAUGUAUUUUGGGGUCCAGCUUGCAUUGGGGCGUUCUGUACAUAGAUCAACUUGGUACUUGAUAAAAUCAUAAGAAAUAACUCAGAAAGCUAUCACUGCAAUAUCUAUUCUAAUUACAGCAAAAUAUAUUUAAAUGCGUUAUCUAAAAAAUAAUCUAUUUUAGAUACCUGUUCUUACAAAAUGCUAGAGCAUCGUUCUGGGGUUAUUUAUUUUGAAGUGGAAGCAAGAGACACAGGAAGCUCAGGUCUUCUACAUCUUGAUAAAGUGUGAGACGGAUGAAAAUGUGUGUU